AGGGAGCAGAGGGAGGGAGCUCUGAGUCUCUCAGAUCUCCGGCUGCUGGUGAAGACAACCCAGCACAAGUGCAUUCCUGAGGCAGCCAGCGACGCCGCCAGAAGCCUGUGUGAAUGUUAGACGGAUCGCGACACGGAGCAAAUCCCUCACGGCUGUCCUCUGUGUUCCUCCUACAGCUGCCCGACUGCCUCUGACCUCUGCUGCACCGGCACGCUCCUGUUAGCACACACACUCGUGUACGUGGAGCAGCACAACCGGAUCGACAGCUUCGUCACCAGUGAAGGUUUCAGCCAGCCUGCCAGAGAGACGACGGAGUGGGGAUAUACAAUCAGGAGACGCAGAGGACGAGAGCACUGAGGCAGUGCCAUGCAGCGUUAAGCAGAAGUGAGCCAAGCUGUACUGACUGGUAUUGAAGCCCCUCUUGCGCCCCGGGCCACCCCCCCCUGUCCCAGAUGGAGCUCAAAGUGUGGGUGGACGGAGUGGUGCGAGUGGUGUGUGGCCUAUCCGAGGAGACGUCCUGCCAGGAUGUGGUCAUUGCACUGGCCCAGGCUAUUGGUCAGACGGGCCGAUAUGUUCUCAUCCAGCGUCUGAGGGACACAGAGCGGCAGCUGCUGGCCACAGAGAAACCUCUGGAGUCUUUGGCCAAGCUGGGCCAACAUGGAAAUGAAGUGCAGUUCUUUUUAAGGCGAACUGGCCCCAGCACCAGUGAUGGAUCUAACUCAAAACAGGACAGACAAACGCCUCUGCCCAGACAGUGGGAGCCAGAGCCUUUGAAACGCAGUCAGCCCAAGAAAUCUCUUACAUUUAACUUGGGGCCAACAGCGUCUUCCACAUCUCCAAAACCCAAAGCCAACCAGCUUAAGAGGUCUCCCAGAGCCUCACCUGAGCAGAGGGCUUCCCCCUCUCCUACACCCUCCUCGCCCUCUCCUCCUGUGGGCCCGUCCAAAGAGGAGGUGUUCCGGAGGGUUCUGCAGCAGCAGGAGAGACUGAGGGCCAUCGAAGCCCAGCUGGAGGCCCUGGAGAGGGAGUCUCACUCAUGGGAGCGGCCCUAUUCCUCUCCUUGCCCCUCCCCUGUAUCAGACGCUCGUGUGCAGGAGGAGUUGGAGCUUCUGGAGCAGGUGAUGCGCAGGAACCAAGCUGAGCUCGCUCAUGAACAGUACUGGGAGGAUGAGCUGCAGGCGGAGCUGGAGAGGGAGAAAGGCAUGAGGAGGAAGUUGGGGGAGCUGCACUCUAAACUGGAUGACUGUGGCCGACGACUCCACGACUUCUCCGUGCGCUCGGAUCAGCUGGAGCAGGAGAUCCAGAGGGAGAGCCAGCUCCAGGCCAACUCCACCUCACCAGAGGACUCCCUGGACGCUGUGAAGGCAGAGCUGCUGAGCCUGGACAGACAGGGCUCAGAGCUGGAGGAGCAACUUUCUGAGACUGACAAGGCCCUGGGGAAGGCAGAGGCUCUGCUGCAGGCGAAGCAGGAUGAGCUGGAAGAUCUGAAUAAGGAGCUGAGGCAGUGUAACCUGCAGCAGUUCAUUCAGCAGGCGGGGGUUCUGCCAGCGCACUCUCAAUCACGCAGUGAACUCGAACAGCUUGAACUGGCACAGCUGCUGCAGGAGGCACACAGGAACGCAAGCCGAAGCGACACUCCCGUAGAAUCCCCGCCUCGUCCCACCGCCAAACAGUUCCUGGGCCACCCUCGAAACCUGCAGAACCCUCUAGUGUCCAGCCUGAAUCCUGAGGUCCUCACAUCUCGAGAAGCGUCUUGGAGGUAAAUCUCGGAGCGCGUGGCCAAGGGAAAACUUACUGAGUCACCAAUACCUGUUAACUUAACCCCACUUUAUUGUCAUUUAGUCUAUUAUGUAUGAAUAUUAUACUGUCUGUACAUAAGACAAAUAUAUUUACAGUUUUGCUACUGUAUACUGAUAUGUACUUGUAUUAAAUGUAAAAUAAUCCAGACUUUUACUUAGAGAAAUUAUUAAUGUAUUUAAUAAACAGUGCAUUGUGUUUAGAAUGU